AUGUCUGAAAAUGCUGAAAAUGAAUCUGUCACUCGUACAAUUUACAAAACAGUGCAUAAGAUGGCAGAACGAGGAAAACCGUUUACUGAUGGCAACUUCAUCAAAGAGUGUAUGAUGGAAGCAGCAAAUGACUUGUGUCCUGAGAAAGCCGAUUUGUUUGGAAGUAUCAGCCUUUCGGCAAGUUCAGUUGUGCGGAGAACAGAAGAACUUGGAGAGAACAUAGUGCUACAGAUACGCGAGAAAGCUGAGAACUACUUGUGGUAUUCUCUGGCGCUGGAUGAGUCUACUGGUCUCUCGAGUACGUCACAACUUCUCGUGUUCAUUCGUGGUGUCAAUUUGGACUUUCAGAUAACGGAAGAGUUGGCAUCCGUUUGCAGCAUGCAUGGAACAACAACUGGAAAAGACAUUUUCAUGGAAGUGCAAAAAACUUUGCAAGACUAUAACCUUCAGUGGAAUCAGCUUCGAGGUGUUACAGUUGAUGGAGGAAAAAACAUGGCUGGAGUGAGGAAGGGUCUGGUGGGGCAGAUCAGGACUCAAUUGGAAGAUUUGCAAAUUCCGGGCACUCUGUUCAUACACUGCAUCAUACAUCAGCAAGCACUCUGUGGGAAAGAUUUAGAUAUUUCUUGUGUACUGAAACCAGUCGUUUCUGCUGUGAACUUCAUUCGGGGACAUGCACUCAAUCACCCUCAGUUCCAGGCUUUUCUUGAAGAAAUUGAUUCUGAUUUCUGUGACGUGCCUUAUCACACAGCAGUGAGGUGGGUCAGCUGCAGUAAAGUCCUGUUUCGUUUUUACAAGCUCCGAAACGAAAUAGAUGUUUUUCUCACUGAAAAAGAUAAGAGCUGA